AUGGCUAGUUGGCAGAAAGAUGCUCGUUUGGUGAAACUAAUCCAGAAAUUGGUAUCCAAGCAGGGUGACAAUAUAGGUUGUGGCAUGAUACCCCCAACAGGAGGGCAUUCAGGAAUUGAUCACACAUAUAGGAGGAUUGCAGCCUUAUUUUAUUGGAAAGGAUUGAAGGAAGUGGUGGCAGAUUAUGUCAAAAAAUGUGCCAUCUGUCAGAAAAAUAAGUAUGACUCUGCUGCCUACCCGGGGUUGCUUAAACCUCUCAACACUCCUGUUACUGCUUUGAGUAGCAUUAGCAUGGACUUUAUUGAAGGCCUUCCAAAGUCUAAAGGGGAUACUGUUAUAUGGGUCGUUGACCGGCUAACCAAAUAUGCUCACUUCCUAGCUAUCUCCCAUCCUUAUUCAGUAGCUGAUAUAGCUAAGAUGUUCAUGAAGCAAAUUUUCAAAUUGCAUGGUGCUAGUGUUCUGAUUCACCUUCUGAUUGGGCCCAAUUCCUUUCUUAUGUCCUCACGACCUGGUGGUCGGCUUUUCACACUUUUACUCAAAACCACUCCAUAUGAAGCCCUUUAUGGUCAGCCACAUCCUUUACACUUUUCAUAUGUUCCUGGGGAUUCCGAGCUACCUGAAGUAGAUAGGGGCAUGGUGACUAGAGAAUUCAAGUUGCAAUUGCUUAAAUACCAUCUAGACAGAUCACAGCAGAGAAUGAAGAUGCAAUCCAAUAAGAGAAGAACCGAUAGGCAAUUUAGUGUGGGGGAUUGGGUGUAUCUGAAAAUUCAGCCUCAUAGACAGGUGACUAUGGUUGCUCAUCACUUCAGCAAGCUAUCUUCUAAGUACUAUAGUCCCUACAUGGUCAUCCAGAAAGUGGGACUUGUUACCUACAAGUUAUCCUUACCAGUUGACUUGCUCCUUCACCCUACUUUUCAUGUUUCAGUGCUCAAACCAUGCUUUGCAGUUCCAGCUCAAAUCUCGCAUCCACCAGUGCUGAACAUUUCGAGUCCAUAUUGUCCAAAAUCAGUCAAGAUUUUAGACAGGAGAAUGGUUCAAAAGGGUAACAAAGUUGUGGUUCAACUGCUCAUCCAAUGGGAACACCUUGAUGAAGCUCAGGCUACCUGGGAAGAUGCUAAUGCUCUGAGAGUUUGA